AUGGCGAGCGAAGAAAGCCUCAAGGAGUUCCCGGACGUGAGCAACAAACUCCAGGCUCCAAAGAAGCUGUCUACCUACGAAAAGGAGAGACAGGCCGCAGAAGCCAAGCGACAGAAAGCCGAAGAAGAAAACGCGGCGGCGCUGAGAGCCUUCCAGGACUCGUUCGCCGAUGAAGAAGAUGACUACCCAAGUAGUGCCCCACCCUCUGGACCCAGGGGCUCAGGAUUGGGUUAUGGCGAGCACGGCCGUGGCCACGCUCCAUUCCCCUCGGGACCGAGAAGUGGUCCGCGAACCUCCGAAUGGACGUCUGGAAUGCCUCCUCCAAGUAUGAAACGGAAACGCGCAUUGGACGAGAUGCGCGAGGCUCAGGAGGCCAGACGUGAGCAGCAGUCUGCAUCGUACCUUCGCCACCGGGGCAGAGAGGAACAGUCCCCCUAUAGAGAUCGCGAGGAUCGUGACGACGACCGUGAAGAGUCAUCCGUUCCGAGACAGACCGUCCAGCUCGCCCAGCUACCUCCAGAUACGACUAGAGAGCGGGUGGAUAAUCUGCUGAAAGGGUAUCUAGAAGUGCAUGACGUUCAGUUUCAGCCGCCAGCUGGACCUGGCCUCCCUGCUAAGCGAUCGCUCUCCGCGCUCGUACAGCUGGCGAGGGAUACUACGACGCCGCAGAUCGACAGUGCAGUCUCAGCACUCAGGAACAAGUACCUUGGCUGCGGCUUCUACCUCGCAAUUUCCAGGCAUCUGUCUUCCGCUGCGCUGCAUCCCAGCAUGACUGCAGCUGGUGUAUCGAUUUCAUCAGAACCGUUUGGUGCAGAGAAGCCAAAGCAGCAGCAUGCGCGUUCAACGAUGCGUAAUGCUCCGCCACCGCAAGACCAUAGAGGAUUCGCACCACCCGAAUCAUAUGACUCACCUGCGCGCGACUGGUAUGACAUGCCGAAGCAGCCCGAGGCUCUGGUCAGCGUACACACACCGAUCGACAUCGAGACCGUGCGCGCUAUCCACAUCUUAGUCGAGAAGCUAGCUACCGAACCGACACCAUUACGGGGAAUGAAGCUUGAAGCGUUGCUUAUGGCAAAGCCAGAGGUUCAGAACGAUGAGCGCUUCGCAUUCUUGUACGACUCAAGAAGUCCGGCUGGGAUAUAUUACCGCUACCUCCUUUGGGGACGCGAGGACCCGACCGACCGCAAGAAGCGUGCUAAAGGCUUAGAACGUGUUCACGAUGACGUGAUCGUUGAGUGGAGUCCACCAGACGGUCAAUUGCCAUUCAUGGAUCUUGCCAGCUUAGCGGACGUUGUGACCGACAUUGACUAUGUAUCAAGCGAUGAGGAAAGUGAUGACGAAGGCGCAGCGCGUCGGUUCAACGAUAACAGGGACGUAGUCGAUCCACUUGAAGCGAAGGACAAGCAACAUCUUACACCGCUCAAGCGAGCGAGACUGGUGCAUCUACUGUCGCGACUGCCGACCAGCAACGCUCGACUUCGAAAAGGAGACAUAGCUCGCAUCACUAACUUUGCCAUCAAUCACGCUGGCACUGGCGCGGAGGAGAUUGUCGACAUACUGCUGCUUAACAUUACCAAGCCGUUCUCUGCUACCCUGGCGGCAAAGUACGAGGAUGAGGAUGAUGUGCCGGAUGAGGAAGACGAGUACGAGCCAGACGCAGAGCUACCGUCUCUGGGAUUCGGCACGCCACCGCAGAGGGACACCGGGAAUAAACGCGACGAAGACCCAUCGACUUCGAAGCUCAUCGCGCUCUACGCUAUCUCAGACAUACUUUCCGCGUCUUCCACGGCAGGCGCAAGGAACGCGUGGAAGUACCGUCAACUCUUCGAGGCAGGUUUCAAGGCACAAAAGACAUUUGUCCACCUUGGUAGGAUGGAGAAGGAUCUUGGCUGGGGUAAGAUGAGGGCGGAGCAAUGGAAGCGCAAGGUUGGUGUAGUGUUUGGAAUUUGGGAAGGGUGGAGUGUGUUCAGCAGCGACGUGCAUCAGGAGUUCAAGAAGAGCUUCUUCGAGCCGCCGCUGACGGAGGAGGAGAGGCGGGCUGAGGAGGAAGCUCGGAAGGUCGAGGAGAAGAAGGCGGAGGAGGCAAAGUUGACGGCGAAGUUCAAGCGGGUUAACCAUCCCGGGCUGGCAGGGAAUGCGUCUCCAGAAUCUGUCAGUCUUGGUGGGCUGCGGCAGCCAGAGUGGACUGGAAAUAGUACACUGAAUGAAGAUCCGAGCGAUAUAGCUAUGAGCGAUGCUGGCCAGGCGCCGACGGAAAAUGUCACCGACAAGCACACGGCCGAAGAGACGCACGUCGCCGCUUUUAAGGCCACUGAAGGAAGGCCUAAUGGGGUCGGCGACUCCAGUGCCGAAGAUCUUGCAAAACCCGAGCCUGCUGCUCCGAACGCUCCAAAGCCAUCGCGUCCUAAGAGGAUGCGUGCUGAGGACAUGUUCGCCAGUGACGAAGAGGAGGCGUGA